UACGUCACGUCACUAGUUAUCUUCGAAAGGUCGGCAGGGUCAGUGGAAGUGAUCGGCGAAUAUUUUAAUUUUUCAAUAAAAUUCUGACACUUCCCUUUUAAUACUCACGCGAAGAUGUUCUCCCGCGCCCUGAAGCCUGUUGGCACACUCGCCGUUCAAAAUGGAGCCAAGAGCUUCUCCACAUCUCCUCAGAGGAAUUUCAAAGUUGUGGUGGCGGGUGCGGCUGGUGGCAUUGGCCAGCCCCUGGCCCUGCUGAUCAAACAGAACCCGCUGGUGACCCAGCUGGCGCUAUACGACCUGGCUCCGGUUACGCCCGGCGUGGCUGUGGACCUAUCCCACAUGAACACAGUUGCCAAGGUCACUGGCCACAAGGGAGCUGAAGAGCUGCCUGCUGCCAUCAAAGGUGCCGACCUGGUCGUGAUCCCCGCCGGUGUGCCCCGCAAGCCGGGCAUGACCCGUGAUGACCUCUUCAACACCAACGCCUCCAUCGUGCGCGACCUGGCGCAGGUGGUGGCUGAACAGUCCCCCAAGGCCAUCAUGGCCAUCAUCACCAACCCCGUCAACUCCAUGGUGCCUAUUGCCUCCGAAGUACUGAAGAAGGCCGGGUGUUACGACCCUAACCGCGUGCUCGGCGUGACGACCCUCGACGUGGUCCGAGCCGCCGCCUUCAUCGGCGAGAUCAACGGCGUCGACCCCCAGUCCGUGCAGAUCCCCGUCAUCGGGGGACACUCCGGAGUCACCAUCAUCCCGGUCCUCAGCCAGAGCAAGCCAGCUGUGAAACUGACCGACCAGGGCAAGAUUGAGGCCUUGACUAAGAGGAUACAGGAGGCUGGUACUGAGGUGGUGAAGGCGAAGGCUGGCGGCGGCUCCGCGACGCUCUCCAUGGCGUACGCCGGCGCGCGCCUCGCCAACGCCGUACUGCGCGGUCUUAACGGCGAGUCUAACGUAGUGGAGUGUGCGUACAUUAAGUCUGAGCUGACGGAGGCGGCGUACUUCGCGAACCCGGUGGUGUUCGGCAAGGGCGGCGUGGCUAAGAACCUCGGCUACGGAACCCUAAACCAGUACGAGCAACAGCUGCUCAAGGAGGCCAUCCCUGAGCUCAAGAAGAACAUCGCCACCGGGGAGAAGUUCGUCAACAAGUAGAUGGACAAAGUGUGGAAAUGUCAUUGUAACGU